AAGACGAAGAAGAUCACGUGGUACAAGUCUCUUCCGCAUUGGGCGGUCUCGUGACAACAGCUCUGAGUUCUGAUAGCUUUGCUAAAUUAAAAUAUCUCUUGAUUAAAACGUUCAACUGAACGAACAAAAACGUGAAAAUGCUUUCCCGUUUAUUAAAGGAACACCAAUCGAAGCAGAACGAACGAAAAGAACUUCAAGAGGGACGUAGACGAGAGGCAAUUACUGCUGCCACCUGUCUAACAGAAGCCUUGGUGGACCACCUUAAUGUGGGGGUGGCCAAGGCGUAUGUGAACCAGAGGAAGCUGGACCAUGAGGUGAAGACGCUACAGGUGCAGGCCGGCCAGUUCUCCAAGCAGACUGGCCAGUGGAUUAGUAUGGUGGAAGGCUUCAACCAGGCCCUGAAGGAAAUCGGUGAUGUGGAGAACUGGGCUCGUAGCAUUGAGAUGGAUAUGAGAACCAUCGCCACAGCUCUGGAGUACGUACACAAGGGGCAGCUCACAUCAGCCUCUUCAUAGACACUCUGAACCUAAACCCAGAACUGAUGGAUUGCUGCUAGCGUUGGUAGAUGAACACUCUCACUGUGAAAGAGGGGGUGGAUUCACAGCGGAUACCACAAUUCUGGACCCAAAAUCCCGAUAAGCCAUCUAUCUCAAAGGACGAUACGUGGGUUCAGACAUGACUACGGCUUUAAGGCUCUUUCCAGUGUUCAUGAGUGACACAUUGUGUUACAGUAGGUAUGUCUAUGGACAAAUAAACCUUAUUGAUCAGAGCAUUUAUGUCCCAUCGGCAAUGUUGUUUUGUUAACAGCUCUUGUAUUGUUAUAGGUCUAUACCACAUAUAAUAACCUUGUGGUGGAAAUAUCUUCCUGUCCACCUACUAUGUGUAAUAAUGGGCCAUAACCUCACAUCUGGUCCAUGUGAAUGUAGCAACACUCCUAAUAAUAAGGAUUUAGCCGUUCACACAAACAUUAUUUUGCCAGUGAGUUGAUCAGUGUGGGAGAACGAGGCAAAGCAUAUCUAACAAAUCAAUUUUUUAACGAUCUUCUCCUGCGAAGAUGAAUAGGUCAGAUUGUGGUGCUAGUCUCUCUAAAUUUAUUACAUUUCCCUAUUCCCAUGGAGGAUGAACAGGACAGCUAGCUGACACGGAACUCAAACCGGCUGUGUGCAUGCGCCAUUGUGCAUAAAUGUAUUUUGUCCCCCCACGCCAAACGUGAUCACGACACGCAGGGUUAAAAUAUCAAAACAAACUCUGAACCAAUUAUAUUAAUUUGGGGACAGGUCAAAAAGCAUUAAACAUUUAUGGCAAUUUAGCUAGCUAGCUUGCACUUGCUAGCUAAUUUGUCCUAUUUAGCUAGCUUGCUGUUGCUAGCUAAUUUAUCCUGGGUUUCUAAUCAUUGAGUUGUUAUUUUACCUGAAAUGCACAAGGUCCUCAACUCCACUAAUUAAGCCACACAUUAAAUGGUCAACUGAAUCGUUUCUAGUCAUCUCUCCUUCUUCCAGACUUUUUCUUCUCUUGACUUUAUAUUGCGAUUGGCAACUUUCAUAAAUUAGGUGCAUUACCGCCACUGGCCUCGUUCGUCUUUCAGUCACCCACGUGGGUAUAACCAAUGAGAUGGCACGUGGGUACCUGCUUCUAUAAACCAAUGAGGAGAUGGAAGAAGCAGGCCUUGCAGUUCGAUCUGCAUCAGAAAUAUAACUGACUUCUAUUUUAGCCCUUGGCAACAGACGUGUGGGUGAAAUAAUUGAAUAAUAUAAAUAUCAAAAUGUAUUUUGCGACACUGGAACAAAAGAGGCCUGUUUGUGUAAAAGUAGCGUGGGUAAAUUGGAUUUAUUGGCUUGUAAUUACAAGAGCAAGUCUCCUGUUUUAGAAAGAGACUGACUAGUUACUGCCUUCUCCCUGUCUGACUAAAACUACCUACCCUGGUUGUUUCAGAAUUCCUGAAUGAAUAUUCAUCACUGAGUAAGAUGGAAGAGGCAGGACUUGAGGAGCCCUGCACACUAUUAACCCAAUAUUAAAUGGAUUGUGGCAGCAGGGCAGAUCAUGCAAUAGUCAUGUACUCCUUACUCUGCUUAUCUUAAUCGGCAUGCGAUCAUAAUCGAAGUAAGCAUAUGCCGAUUUAAACAUCUGGUUUUCUACGCCAUCUUUCAAAUGAUUACGACAUGUAAAGAAACUUAAUUAGAUUUCCAGCGGUGUGUUUGACCUGCACAUGUGCCUGAACCAGCAGCACACAUUUCCUUUGAAUACACAAGUAUCCAUCUUAGAAAUAUAGUUUUCUCAUACAAACUUUAUAGGUCUGAACUCCGUCUCUAAUAGGCUCCUCAAAAAAUAACAGGGUUGUUGUGCGAGAGCAUUUUAUUUUGAUUGGCGAUUUUUCUGCAUUCAUCAAAGUCCCAUCAGGUAGCCUGAUUUCAGAUGUGUCCAUGUUAACAGGAUUUUUUGGGGGAGGGGGAAUCGUCUUCUUGUAAAAGCAUGUAAACAUUUUGAAAUCAAAUGAUUAUAUUAAUUGGACUAUGUGCACAGAACCGUAUUCAUUCAUGUCAGUCUGGGUUAGCAAGGCUAGCUACCUCUACCCUGUGUAAUAAAUGUGACGGUAACAUCUCAA